AUGUCUGGCGUGACUCAAGGCCCGAGUCCUGCUGAUGGAGAAACUCAUCCGGUAGGCGCGGCUCUCUCCGAAAUCAAUGCGCAAGGCCAAUCGUCUCUGUGCCAGCUCCCGCAAGAGAUACUUGAUAUCAUCGACAGGUUCACAUUCGCUGACAGGGCCAUGAGUGAUAUUUCGCUGCUGAAAGACUGGGCAACUCGCCGCUCGAUCUGCCGCCUCCUCCGGUCUUCGGUCGACAAGGCUACAAAGUUCCGCUUACAUGUCAUACAGACUGCGGAGCGAACUUGGGUUCUCGGACCAAGCAAUGAAUCGACCAAGCAAAUCACCAUCAUCAACUUCACCAACGAGAGGACCAACCUAUCGCCGAGCGUUCUGCAAGCGCUUGAACGAGCCAUCGGUUCGGGGAAAGUCGAAUCCAUCACUGCUGAUUACAUCCCGAAGAACGAGCACAGGGUAGCCCUCGACGUUAUGCAGCCCAUCGAUAUGGACUAUCCAAUGCUCAAGAAACUCGGUUGCAACACCCCCCUGUUCCAGACUUCGCGACCCACGCACAAGCAGCCUGACCAUGGGUACUUCAUCUACACGGUCCCCCAGAGGCACGAUGAAGCUUGUGACAUAGACUGCGGAACGGUGGAAGGCGACUCAGGGUCACACUCCUUCGUCGGACUGUGCGGGAGUCCACGCGAGGAGAGCUUUGAUUACGCCGCUGAAUCGGUCACAUCGGUCUUGUACCAUUCGGCCCCGGGGGGCCUCUGCACAUGGGUGGAUGUCGAAACCUUUGGCCCUUCAGGAUGGACAGUCCGCGGCGAUUUGUUCUCGGAGUACCAAAAGCUCACAUCCACACAGCGAGACGCUCUGGAGGGCGUGGCAAUCAGGCUCAGUCGACUGCCGGACACUGACUAUAUGGACAGCGAGGACGGGGGACAGGACACUAUUCUCCAGCGCGUGUCGUGGAUGUCGGGUUCCGAAUUUGCGGAGUCGCCCGAAGGCAAGGCUGCCUUGGCCCUAAUGGCAACACCGGCUCAGUGGCUCUGCGUAGCCAGGGACGUAUUUCCUUUCUUACAGCGUUUGUUUCAAGUCAGCCAAGUGCUUCUGAUACCGCCACCAAGGCUCUCAUUAUUGAUUGCUCGCGCUGAGCUGAAGCUGAAGAAUCUAUCCGAUCUCCCAAAUGAGCUUAUCCUGGAAAUCCUCAGUCACAUCUUAGACGGAUCCGAUGGGACUGUCCCGAACUGCGAGCUCAAGGCACUGAAUUGCCAGAAAUUCAAGCCGCUUGUCGACGAGACCAGCAAAGCCCAUGCAUACCUACGAGUCACGCCAGCAUCCAUACUCACUUACAUCCAUCCCACGAACAAGUCCACAAGAGGCCCCAAGGAUAUCACUAUGUACACCGAUACCGACCCCCGCACGUCCCUCCCCCAUCUCUACCAGCGCAUCAAUUACUGGGACUUUGACGGGUCCAUGAUGCGACCUCAUGUUUUCGAGAAGCUGGCGGAAUGGAAGAAAUUCGGCAAAGGCACAGCGAUUCAAAUCGACUACGCCAGGAGCCGGAACAUAUGCCGUCCGCCACGGGAGCCCUCCGAGUUGCGAGCGCUCACUGAUGAGGAACCAUGUCUGCAGGUCUUUCGCGCUGCGAAUGGACAAUACCAACGUUUCGUCUACAGAGAGCCGACAGCGCCGAGGUUGAGACAGCCGCAACUCGAGCCUCGUCGAGUGUUCGUCGGCCACAUGGACCCUGUCUCUAGAUCUGACACUGGCAGCACGUUUGAGCUCAUCACAUUUUCGGUCGCGGAUGUCUUGACUGAGGCGUCUGACAAUACUCAGAUUGUAUGGGUCAAUGUCGAGGAUUCAGGGGUUGCUCUUCUACACCCCAAAUACCUGCCCUUGCCCUCCAUCUUCGGCCGGAAGUAUACAGAAAACGAGCAGACGGUACUCGCUCUUGCCACGAUAGCCUUGAAGGAGCGAUGGCUGUCUCGAUCCGACGAGCAAAGAAUACUAACGGAUCUAGAGAGAUGGACGCUGGUCGAGGGUCACAUCACUUUCAUGAGUGAAGCGGAGUUCCAAGGCACAGCAGCGGUGGCGACGCUAAAGCGACACGUGAGGCGAUCAGAGGUUCUCUUUGAUCGUAGUACUGCUAGUACCUGA